AUGUCUCUGAAAUCAAAUGAGAAGCGCUGUAUGAGCCUGCUCUACUCGACAGGUCUCGAAGACUAUCGAAAUCAACUACCUAAACCUGUGGAGGGCACUUGCAGCUGGAUUCUUAACGAUCCACAGUAUAUGUCUUGGCUCACAUCUAACGAGACGGGCUUAUUGUGGGUCACAGGUGAACCAGGUUGCGGAAAGACGAUGCUUUCUUUGUACCUCACCGAGCACCUGGCGAUCGAGUCUCCAUCUUCAUCCGGACCAGAAGUCUUCUACUUCUUUUGUGACGACAAAGUAGGUACGCAGAGGGAUGCAAAAGAAAUGAUGAAGAGCAUCCUACACCAGAUCCUGCUACGACACCGAAGUCUCAUCAAAUACAUGAAGUCGAGAUGGGAAGCCACAGGCCAUCAUCUUGUGGAUUCCUUUCACGCUCUAUGGGAGAUCUUCGUUCGUAUUGUGAAAGAAGCGAGGCUAGGUUCAUUCGGUAUUAUCGUCGAUGCGAUCGACGAAUGCGAACCAAACACUCGGCGGCUGUUCCUCCAGGCAAUCAAGCAGCUGGUGCAGGAAGCGCGUCGUGCGACCCGUCGCUCACGAAGUUUUGUCAAGUUCCUGUUCACUAGUCGACCUUCACCGCAAGACCUCAGCGUUCUUGAAGAAACCCAGAACACUGUCCUGCCACUAGAUGGAAACCAAGCCAGAAUCAGCGAAGAGAUUCGACUCGUUAUUCGCAAUAAGCUUGGGCGGAUCGCCAGCAAGCUGGGCUGCUCGGCCGAGACCAUUGCUGAAUUGGAAGCGCUGCUCACGGAAAAGGCGGAAAAGUCAUUCCUGUGGCUAAACAUCGUACUCAAGUCACUUGAGGAUAGUCCUUCUACGUCGAAGAGAGAUCUCAAGCGAAUUAUCAACGACUUCCCUCGUGAGCUACAAGCGACGUAUGCGGAGUUUCUCUACCGUAUACCCGAUAGUAGGAAAAUCAUCGCCUCCACCGUCUUACGCCUCUUGCUGGGAAGUUCGAGGCAUCUGUCGUUAGACGAAAUGAACAUAGCCUACACCAUUGAUGGCAGCCUGGAGGGCUAUCAGACUGUUGCCGAGGUGAUGGAAGACCGUCAGACCGCGCUCGAGCAGAUGUUACAACUUGUUGUGGGCCCUUUCGUUCGUAUCGAGGCGCAGAAGGUGUCUCUUAUCCAUCAGUCUGUGAAAGACUUUCUGACCGGACAUGCACUGUCAUCGCCAGACAGUACAGUUCGAGAAUUUGGUACUUCGACUCCGACGGCAGCGCUCCAUAUGGCUUCCACAUGUAUUCGAUACCUUUCUCUUGAGGAAUUCGCGACCGAUAUCUUCAUACUCCCGACCCUUCCGUGGGAUGAGGACGACACAAUUGCUGGUGUGCAAGAAGACACCGAUUCAGAAUCUUUAUUCGACUUGGGUUUCGACAUGAAAGGAGAUACCAUCAUGGAUACCGGUGACGGAUCCGAUGAAAGAACCCGCGUGUCUAUCGCUGAGCGAUACCAGUUUUACGACUAUGCUGCAAUGCACUGGGCUAGACAUUAUGCACAAUGCGAGACCGUUGUCGACAGAUCUACCCAGGAAGCUUUUCGCAGUUUGACACAACCCGGGAGUGGCAUGCUCACAAAUUGGCUCAAAUACUAUUGGUUUGAGACGGAUAUGGAGUAUGUGCUACCAGACUAUUUCGACACUGUCAUGGUGGCUGCGUUCUUUGACUGUGCAGUCAUGCUCAACGAUUGCUUGCGCAUGCCAACCGAACAGCUCAGCAAAGAUCGUGCUCUAUUUUGGGCCGCGAGGAUGGGAAGUGCAAAAUCGGUGGAGGUGCUGCUUCGGCAUAGUGCAAACCCUAAUUCGCGCGUAGUUGAACUACACACUCCAUUAACUAUAGCUUCUCAUCAUGGCCACGUUGAGGUUGUAAGAACUCUCCUGCAUGAUACACGUACCAGUAUCAAUGCCGAAGGACCGUCCGGUCGUUCUGCCUUAUCGUACGCGGCUGGAAACAGUCACCAGGAAAUCUUUCAGAUGCUUUUUAACCGGCAUGAUUGCCGGCCUGAACACCAGGAUAACAACGGAUGGACAGCUCUUUUCUGGGCCAUGGAAAGAGACCACACGGUGAUUGGGCGUGCUCUGCUUGCCCACAAAGCUGUGGAUGUCAAUCAUGUCGACCGCCAGGGCCGCUCAAUACUGUCUUGGGCUGCAGGCGAAGGCUUUCUACAGGCCUUGAAGAUGCUACUCAAGCAACCGGGUGUGGACACAAAUCUCAAAGACAAGAAGGGCCGGACACCAUUGCUAUGGGCUGCCAACAACGGCCAUGGAGAGGCCAUUGAUGUCCUUAUGAGGGAUGACUACAAAAUCGACAGGCAAAGCAAAGACAAUGACGGUAGAAGUGCUCUUUCUCUAGCCUGUGGCGGCGGCCACACAGAUUGCGUAAGAGCCUUGAUCAAAUAUCGGUGUGGAGAUGAGAACGAAGAAGAUGUGAGCGGAUGGACACCACUUGCUUGGGCUCUGGACCGCCAGUCCCCUCCAACAGUGGGCGCUUUACUAGCGGGUCGGGAGGUGAAGCUUGACCAUCAGGAUCAGAGCAAGAAGACUGCUUUGAUAUGGGCAGCAGAAUACGGCUACUAUGACGUGGUGGAGAUGUUGCUGCAGCAAGGUGCCGAUCCUCGUAUAACUAGUACAAAUGGUCGAACCGCUCUAGACAUGGCAGAGUUGUAUGGGCGUACAGAGAUCGCAGCUUUGCUCAGACAGGUAAUGUCGAUGGAGGAGAAUACUGUUUGGUGA